AUGGGAAAUUUAUUUGGAAGGUGCGGUUGUAAAGAUUUGACAAUAUGUAAUCUGAAUGUGUUAAAGUCUACUCAUUCUCAGGAUCGCAUUUAUCGUAAAGAUUACAAAAUUCCGAAUUUCUUAAUUGAUCAUGUUGAUUUAGAUAUUAAUAUAAGGGAUGGCGUAACUGUGGUUUCUUCAGUAAUUAUUAUGAGGAGAAAUCCAAGCUCAUCGUUCAGAGGUGAUUUGUCAUUGGAUGGUAAUUGUUUGAAGCUAGUUUCGGUGAAAUUAAAUGGUGCGAUUUUAGAAAAAAAUUUAUACAAGGGUUAUUUUCAACCUGAUGGCCCAGAUGGUAAACUUGUAAUAUCAAGCAGCUUACUCCCAAAUAAAGACCAGCAAUUUACACUUGAGACAGUUGUAGAAAUUUUCCCUGAAAAAAAUACCAAAAAUAUGGGAUUAUACUACUCUGCAGGAGUUUAUUCUACACAAUGUGAAUCUGAUGGUUUCAGAAAUAUAACAUUCUUUUUAGACAGACCCGAUGUAAUGUGCAAAUUUAGGGUUAGAAUUGAGGCAGAUAAAACUAAGUCUCCUGUUUUGCUAUCAAAUGGGAAUUUGCUUGAAAAGGGUGAUGUUCAAGGUUCAGAUAAUCGACAUUUUGCAAUAUAUGUGGACCCCUUCCCGAAGCCUUGUUAUCUUUUUGCCGUCGUUGCUGGAGUUUUGGGAAGAUUGGAGGACAAAUUUGUCACAAGAUCUGGAAAGUCCGUCAGGUUGUUUGUUUACAGUGAACCCAAGUAUGUAGAUAGAUUGAGAUUAGCAAUGGAAUCUUUGAAGUUGGCAAUGAAAUGGGAUGAAGAUCGUUUUGGAUUAGAGUAUGAUCUCGAAAUUUUUAAUAUUGUAGCAGUUGAGUCGUUCAAUUUUGGAGCUAUGGAAAACAAGAGUUUGAAUAUUUUUAAUUGUUCGUGUCUUUUGGCAUCUGAAAAUGUCACCCCCGACUAUUUCUUUACGAACAUACUUUCAAUAGUUGGGCAUGAAUAUUUUCAUAACUACACAGGAAAUAGAGUCACAUGCAGAGAUUGGUUCCAACUUACUUUAAAAGAAGGUUUAACGGUUUAUAGGGAUCAGGAAUUUUCUCGUGACUGCAUCGACAGGCUGUCUGAACAAUUAGGAGAUAUCGAAGUACUGCGCAACUUUCAGUUCCAGGAAGAUUCUGGACCACUUGCACAUCCUAUAAGACCCGAUUCUAUUGUUUCAACUAACAAUUUGUACACUUGCACAGUAUAUAGGAAAGGGGCGGAAGUUGUGAGGAUGUAUGAAACCAUCCUUGGCCGUGAGGGAUUCCGAAAGGGUAUUGAUCUUUACUUUGCUCGCCAUGACGGACAGGCCGUUACUUGCGACGAUUUCAGAAGAGCAAUGGAAGAUGCCAAUAACUAUGACUUUUCGCAAUUUGAGCGUUGGUACGAUCAAGCUGGCACACCUGAGGUUGAAGUCAUUUCUACUUGUUAUAACAAAGUUGAUGGAACGUGUUCAAUUACACUUCGACAGCGCUGCAGUCCAACUCCAGAACAACCUAAAAAAAGACCCUUUUAUAUCCCAGUUGUGGUAGGGUUAAUAGGGAAAGAUUCUUGUAAAGAGAUAAGGCAAUCGGAAACAUUGAUUCUUAAAGAGCAGCAGCAGACAUUUGUCCUAGAUGGAGUGUGGGAAACACCAGUAGCGUCAAUUCUGAGAGGUUUCUCAGCACCCGUAAAUUUGAGAUUUAAAACACCUCGUUCAGACGAAGAGUUAGCGUUUCUUUUUGCAUUUGAUACAGAUGAGUAUAACCGUUAUGAUGCAGCUCAAACCUUGUUUAAAAAAAUUCUGAUCCAAGCAGCCUCCAACUCUUCACAAGAAAUCUCACCAAGCUCAAUCAUAGAAAAUAUUCUUUCAAAAACAAUUCUUAGUUGUUUUGAGUCAUUUAUUUCAAAGAUAAGGACUUCUAAAAAUCCGAAUGGUACAAUUUCGCCAAUGGUUGCCUCAUACACACUUAAGAUCCCAAGCUACUCUCAAGUCUUGGCAUCUAUUGCAGAACCAGACUUUGAUCUUAUUGUUGAGUCUUUCAGAGCCUUUACAGUCUUGUUUGCGUCGAAAUUUAAAGUUCAAAUAUUGGAUUUAUUCCAGGUUCUUACUGAAGAUCUAUCAGCACUACCUUCACAAAGCCCAUUUGUUUAUGGUAAGGGUGUAAAUGUAGAGGCAAUUGCAAUACGCAGAUUGUUGAAUGUUUUAUUAGAUUUUAUUGCAAAAUUGGACCCCAAUCUUGCAACUAAAUUAGCUUUUGAGCAACACAAUCGCUUUAAUUAUAUGACAAGUAAACUCGGGGCAAUUUCAGCACUGCAAAUAGCAGAUUACAAAUCUAACGAAUGCAUUCAGGCUCUGGAUUCUUUGUUACAGGCAACUACUGAUGAUGUUUCGACAUUGAAUCAAUAUUUUUCUGUUCAGGCUAGUUGUCUAAUUCCUGAAAAUGUUGAGCGUGUGAUCAAUAUUUACCACUCCGAUCCGCAAUUUAUUAAGUAUCGUGACAAUCCGACAAUUUUCUCCUCCCUAGUCGGGACUUUUGCAUCCAAUUUUGUUGCGUUUAACAGGAAAGACGGGCUUGGAUAUUCUUUUGUUGCAGAUGCAAUCAUUUCAAUGGACAAAGUGAAUCCAAUGUCGGCCGCAUCUAUUUCAAGGGCAUUUACAAAAGUCUUGAAGCUUGAUGAGGCAAGACGCAAUCUUAUUAAGGAAAAUGUCUUAAGAAUACUUCAAUCCCCUGGUUUAUCCAAAGAUACAUCUGAAAUUCUUAAUUCCAUUGAUUUCUGA